AUGCUGAACUACAGCCUGAGCAACAUUUGCGGGUGCGUGUACACCGGGGGGAAAAUCCGUUUCAGCGGCGAUGGCAACUCUCUGUUCGUGCCAGUGAAUAACCGAAUCAAUGUAUACGAUAUGAACAAUAAUAAGUGCAACACGCUGAGGUCGGAAAGUAAAAAUGACUUGAGGCACAUUGUAAUUCAUCCCGACAUGGAAAUAGCCAUAACGAUUGAUAAAUUUGAGUAUGGGUGCAUUAUAAAUUUGUUGAAGGAUCAGAUUAUAUCUCGGAUUCUGUUCAAAUCCAAGACAGGGAUUGUAACUUCCUUUAACUACGAGAAUAUAUUUUCUCCUCAAGAAGAACAGGACUCCGUCAAUUGCGCACUGUUCACACAUAAAGGGGAGUACUUUCUGCUAGGCAUUGGGAGGAGGGUCGUCAUAUGGAAGAGUCCCACUAGGAAAAAUAAUUACAGACUGGUUAAAUACAAUGACAUUUGCUACCACUCUUUGAAUGUAACAUGGAUUGACGUGUCGGAGGAUGACCGUUUUUUUUUAACGUGCUCGUAUGACUUAACCAUUAGGGUUCACACUGUGGAGAAGAGGCGGAAGGUGCGCCCCACUGUGUUGGGUGGCAACAAGAGCACCGUGGUGGCGGCGUUUUUUUCCAAGGGGGGGGAUUUCAUCUUUAGUGUGAACAAGUCGGGCCUCAUUUUGGUCUGGUCGUACGAGGAAGGGGUGGGUGAAGCGGUGGCAGAAGCGGUGGAAGAAGCGGUGGAAGAAGCGGUGAACGAAGUGGUAGAUGCCGCGACGGACGACGCGACGGACGACGCGACGGGCGACGCGACAGAGGAAGCUGUGUCCAACUUGUCGGUGCCCACCACCAAGGCGUUCGCGCGGAGGUGGCGGCAGAAGAAGGUCUACUUCUGCAACCAGGAGAAGAACGAAGAGGUGACGAGUGUAUGUUUCAACCGGGAGCACUGCCUGGUGGUGAUCGCCUACUCCAGCGGGCGCUUCGGCAUAUAUAGUGCCCCGGAAAUGACCUCCCUCUACACGAUAAGCAUAAACGCCUGCACCAUUGACGAUGUCACGAUUAGCAGUGAUGGGCAAUGGAUAGCCCUGGCGGAAGCGAACAACGGUACGGUGAUAGUGUGGGAGUGGAAGAGUGAAAGUUAUAUCUUGAAACAGAGUACCACGAGCAGGAAUGUCAAGUGUGUGAAGUUCUCACCGAUUAUUAGUCACCUGAAGAUAGGAAGUCACAUUGUAGACACAGCAAAUGCUUAUCACGAGAGUGAAAAUUUCACAAGCAAAUUUGUUAUCGUCACAGGUUGUGAGGAUGGAAGUGUUCGGUUAUACGAUUAUGUGAGUUAUAUGAACUUUGUUACUUUUUCUGUUCACACGGAUGCAGUGACAGAUGUGUGUUUCCUUCCCCAGGGGAAUGCGUUCGUGUCAUGUUCACUGGAUGGCACAGUGCGGGCAUUUGACCUGUUGAGGUAUCGCAACUUUAAGGUGUACACAGCGUGUGAAUUGGAUGAGGAUGUUGGUAGUGCUUCACGCGGAGGCUCGGCUAAGCAACAGGUGCAGUUUCUCUGUGUGAGUGUGAAUUUAAGUGGCAACAUCGUUGCUGCAGGGGGUCGAGGGGCCCAGUACAUUGUGUACAUAUGGAAUGUGCAAACGGGUAAAUGUAUCGACCAGCUGUACGGACACGACUCCCCAAUUAUUAGAGUUUGCUUCAGCACGAGUUUAAAAAAUGAAGGCAUAAUAGCUAGUUGCUCUUGGAGCAAGAAGGUGUUGCUGUGGGAUUUAUAUGCACGAAGAAACAAAGGAAGCAAGUUCGAGGAGAUGAUAAAUUCUCACGAUGUUUCCUUUAUGUGUUUUGACCCAAGAGGAAAUGACAUACUAGCUGUAUGUACUAUGAAUUGCAAAAUUAUAUUUUUUGAAGUGAGCUCCCAGGAAAUAAUUGGUACCGUGGAAGGAGCGAGGGAUAUUAAGAGGGGACAGUUCAUUGGGCAAGAAUAUUCUUCUCUUCCUAGCGUGAAGAAGAGGAAGAAGAGGAAGAAGAUAAUGAGUGGGAGCCAUGCAGGGAAUGGACAAGACGAUGAUUCUGUUUAUGAGGAUGACUUGGAGGAUGAAGGGAUGAACUCAGUGGUAAAUCAGAACUGCUAUUUUACUUGUGUCGAUUAUAUACAAAAUGGAAAUUAUAUAAUUGGUUGUGCCAAUUGUAGUGUGUCGUUGUACAUAUAUGAUACGAAUUUAUAUGUGCUUAUACAGAUAAUUGAUUUGACUUCAAACUUUUGUGUGGACGGGAUCAGGAGGGAGAUUUCGAGGAGGUACCUAACUGCUAACGGCACCAGCAUUCUAGAAAUGGACCUCAGUGAUGAGGAGGGAGAUGUGUACAAUGACCAGUACAGGGUCGUUAAUAGGAAGAAGAAGAACAAUAUGCUACCUGGAAGUUUAGAGGAGCAUUGGGUGGUUAAUAAAUUUAAGAAGCACAAGAUGACGUUGCAUCAGUUGAGCAUUUCUGGUGAUGACAGACAUGUGGCUGUCGCUUCUAGUGGAGGACUCUACGUUUUUACCAAGGACCACCAGUUUCAAUACGUCGUUCCGGUUCGUUGGUGCUUGAGACGAGGCCAUGGAAAGGAGAUGACUUGUGGGGGAAAUGUUAACUACCGUGGACUCGUGGCCCCGUUACUUUACCAACCACAAUACUUAACAGAGCAUGUGAAUGUGAAAAAUUUGAAGCAGGCGAUGAGGAGAAAUGAAUAUGGAAAGGCUUUCCUCCUGUGUCUUGCUCUAAAUAGCUACGAACACAUGGUGGAGGUGUAUGAGAAGACCCCAUACCACGUGGUACCUUUGUGUGUGAAAAUUUUGACCAAGCCAUUUGUCUUUUUACUUAUUAAUUUUAUUAAGGUGCUACUCCUGAACGAUACGAUGAAGCAUAUUCACCUGCACCUUUGUUAUUUGAAUGCCAUUUUUACGAGUCACUUUAGCGUGUUCGUGAAUACAGAUUUGGGGGGUCCGUUGUCUCGCGGCGCAAGCACUAAGUCGCAGCAGCAGAAGCAGGGCGGCGGGGCCAGAACGGCUUCUCCCCAUGCGGUGGAGGAUUAUAGAAACGCGUUGCUGCUCAUAUUGAAGCAGCUGUUCUCGGUGUACAAUGGGCUGCAACACCUGUACGGCGACAACACCCACGUGCUGCGUUACCUCUGCGUGCAGCGGGAGUAG